AUGGAUCCUCUUUCAGGCGCUGCAAGCGUUAUUGCAGUUGUCCAGUUAGCCGGAAAUAUCUUCCAAAUAUGUGAGCAAUAUCUCAAAAACGUCAAGAACGCAACGCAGGAUAUUCAGCGCUUCCAAGAGCAGAUCGCCACCCUGACCCAAGUUCUUCAAUCUCUCUAUGACCUGAUUCAGGGACCAAAUGGCAACACACUUACUACUACGCAAGACUUGAUUAACAAUAUUGCAAAAUGCUCAUCAGUACUUGGAGAGUUGAAAGUGAAAAUCGACCCAGAAAUAACGCAACAGGGAUUGCGGAGACAAUGGGGAUUUCGAGCCUGGAAAUGGCCACUAGCAAGAUCGGAGGUAGACUAUACUAUCAAGGAGCUUGACUGGUACAAAGCAACGUUUUCUUUGUCCUUACAAGUCGAUCAAGCGAGAUCUACGAAUUCGAUCCACCAAAAGAUAGACCUUAGCAGACUACAACCUGCAAAAGGAGCAGCAUUCGACUCCUAUGACAAUCAGCAUAGUGAAUGUCUCCCAGGGACCCGCAUUGACCUGCUUCAAGAAAUUGACGAGUGGGCAAAAUCGCCACAAGGAAAGUGCAUCUUCUGGCUUAACGGCAUGGCAGGGACAGGGAAAUCAACGAUCUCCCGAACAGUUGCAAGUCGUCUCAAACAGCAGCAGCAGCUCCUUGGAGCGAGCUUCUUCUUUAAGAGAGGUGAAGAGGACCGAGGAACCGCAAAAAAGCUUUUCCCAACAUUAAUCAAGCAGCUGGUUAACAGCAUACCUCAAAUACUGCCUAGAGUCCAAAAUGCAAUUAAGGAUGACCCCGAUAUUUCAGAGAAGGCCUUAACAGAACAAUUUGAAAGGCUUCUACUUUUCCCACUGAUUGGGAUUGAGCAGCGCGAAGAGACCGCAAGGAGAGUGAUUGUCAUUGAUGCUCUAGAUGAAUGUGAUUCGGAAGACGAUAUAGGAAUUGUCCUGCGGCUCUUGCCGCAAGUUCAAAAGUCAACUGCUGUGCACCUGCGAUUCCUAUUGACAAGCAGACCCGAGUUACCGAUCAGGCUGGGCUUCAAAGCGAUCACCGAUGCUCAUCAGGAUUUCACUCUCCAUGAGAUCGAAAGAGCAGUAAUAGAGCAUGACAUAGCUCUAUAUUUUCAGGAUCAAUUCCGACGCCUGAAACAGACGCGCUCAUUUCCACAAGACUGGCCCGGCGAUGCCGCCACUCGGAAAUUAGUUGCUAGGGCCGUCCCUUUAUUCAUUGCAGCUACUACCUUAUGUCGUUUUAUCGGGGACUCGAAAUGGAAUCCUCAAAAGCGGCUUGAGGCGAUAUUGACAGACCAGGCGACCUACGCAUCUAGGAUGGAUAGCACAUAUAUUCCGGUGCUAAAGCAGCUUCUAUCCGGCCAGGAUGAAACCGAGUCGCAGCAAUUACGCGAUGAGUUCAAGGAGAUAGUUGGUGUGAUCAUUAUUCUUGCUACUCCGCUCUCAAUCAAGCCCCUUGGCCAGCUAGUGGAUAGAGAGCCAGACGAUGUUAAAUGUCGAUUAGACCAGCUCCACUCGGUCCUUAGUGUACCGAACGAUUUUGAUACACCCGUCAGGCUUCUUCACCUGUCCUUCCGAGAUUUUCUGUUAGAUCAUCGCAAAGACAAAAGCAAAUUCUGGAUCGAUGAGAAAUACGCGAAUCAGCGUCUUACGGCUCGAUGCUUUCAGAUCAUGCAGCGCAGCCUCCAUAAAAAUAUUUGUCAUCUACCAAACGAAGGCACGGAAUGCAACGACCUAAGCAAGGAUUCGAUUCGGCAUUAUGUAACUCCGGAACUGAAAUAUGCCUGUCGGUAUUGGGCAUAUCAUUUGGUACGAUGCAUUGGCUUGGCUGAUCUGAUUUACGAUGCUUUCUCAUUUCUUCGCUCGCAUUUUUUGCACUGGGUGGAAGCAAUGAGCCUCCUCGGCCGUGCGUCGGAAAUGCUUGGGAUUCUUAAUGACUUCCAAACGGUCGUAUCAGGCGACGGCUCUUCUAGGAAUCUGAAUUUUCUUCACGAUGCAAAGCGAUUCAUUCUGAAGAAUGUCCAGAUAGUUGAUCAGGCGCCACUUCAAGUUUAUUGCGCGGCACUCAUAUUUGCACCUGAAACGUCAAUAAUUCGUAGGCAUUUUCAAGAAGAGCUUCCUUCUUGGAUAUGCCAGUUACCACGAGUUGAGGAAAGAUGGGGGGCAGAAGUACAGACUCUCGAAGGCCAUUCGAAGGAGGUUGAAUCAGUGGUUUUUUCGCGCGACGGCCGGCUACUGGCGUCAGGCUCCCACGAUAACACAGUUCGACUCUGGGACCCGGCGACAGGCGUACUCACCCAGACGCUCAAAGGUCAUUUAGGUCCGGUUAGGUCGGUGGCCUUCUCAUCCGACGGCCGCCUACUAGCAUCCGGCUCUGAUGAUAAGACAGUGCGGCUCUGGGACCCGUUAACAGGCGUACUUAUUCAGAAGCUUGAAGGCCACCUAAAAUGGGUUUUGUCAGUAACCUUCUCGCCAGAUAACCGGCUGCUAGCAUCCGGCUCUCUUGAUAAGAUACUAUACCUCUGGGACCCUACGACAGGCGGAAUUACCCAGACACUUCAAGGUCAUAUAGGUUCAGUUGUAUCGGUGGCCUUCUCAUCCGACAGCCGCCUACUAGCAUCCGGCUCUGAUGAUAAGACAGUGCGGCUCUGGGACCCGUUGACAGGCGUACUUAUUCAGAUACUUGAAGGCCACCCGACGUUCGUCUGGUCAGUGACCUUCUCACCAGACGACCGGGUACUGGCGUCGAGCUCUAAUGAUAAUAUAAUACGGCUCUGGAACCCGGUAACAGGCGCGCUUACCCGGAAGAUCGAUAGCUCUGCGAAUCAAGUUUUAUCGGUGACCUUCUCGUCUGAUAGUCGGCUACUUGCAUCCGGCUCUAACGAUAAAACAAUACGACUCUGGGACUCGGCGACAGGAGCACCCACCCACACGCUUAAAGGUCAUUCAUAUCUCGUUCAUUCAGUUGCCUUCUCCCCCGAUGGCCGGCUAUUAGCCUCCGGCUCCAGUGACAAUACAGUGCGGCUCUGGGACCCGGCGACAGGCGCGCGCACACAGCCAAUGAAAGGUCAUUCGGAGAGAGUUGAGUGGGUGGCCUUCUCGCCUAGCGGUCGGGUGCUUAUAUCAAGCUCUGGUGAUAAUAUAAUAGGGCUAUGGGACCCGGCUACAGGUGCGCUUACCAAUACACUUGAAGGCUACUCAAGUUACGCUUCAUCGGGGACCUUCUCGCCCGAUGAGCGGCUGCUUGCGACCGGCACGAAUGAUGGUAAAGUGCAGCUUUGGGACCUUGUGACGGGAACACUUUCUCAGCAGUUCGAAGGUCACUCAAGUGCGAUCUCGUUAGUGGCUUUCUCGACCGACGGCCGGCUCUUGGCAUCGACCUCUGGUGUGCAGCCAUAUGACAUGGCGACAGACGUGUUCAUUCAGGCUGACAACACGGUGCGUCUCUGGGACGUGGCGACAGGCACACUUACCCGGACGCUUGAAGGCCAUUUGGAAAUAGUUACCUCGGUAGCCUUUUCGCCCGACAGCCGGCUGAUGGCGUCGGGAUCUAAAGAUAACACGGUGCGGCUGUGGGAUGUGGUGACAGGCGCGCUGGCACGUACUUGGAAUGUUGAGAAAGUAGUCACUACGCUAGAAUUUUCCUACGAAGGUUCACAUCUCCGUACUAAUUCCGGCUGGCUUGACAUUGAAUCUGGGUGA